AUGACACCUAAUGAUCCGAAUUACACGCCAAUUGAAAAGUUGUGUUUGGCGCUAGUCUUCUCGAUUCAAAAGUUGAAGCACUACUUUCAAGCUCAUAGUGUUAACCUCAUUUCCGAGCAAAUCCCAUCAAGACAAGCAUUGGCAAGACUUCUUGCUGAUCACCCGAUACCUGAUGAUUGGGAGCUAAUCGAUGAACUUCCCAACGAAGAUGCAAUGGUCGUUGAAAUUCAACCUCCGUGGAAAAUGUACUUCGAUGGGGCUGCACAACAUGACGGAGCUGGUGCUGGUGUGGUGUUUGUUACUCCGCAAGGAGAAUUUCUACCAUACUCCUUUACUUUGACACAAUGUUGCUCCAACAAUGUCGCUGAAUAUCAAGCACUAAUACUUGGACUUGAAAUGGCCGUCGACAUGAAGCAGCUUGCGGCUUGCAAGUCUUUGAAGUUGAUAGGAUGGCUUGGUGAUGUGACUCUUCAGCAUGUUCCUAGGAGGGAAAAUAAGAAAGCCGAUGCUUUAGCUACUCUAGCUUCAGCGCUUACUCUGCCAGAUCAAACACAAGUGACUAUCUGUCAAAAAUGGGUAGUACCUCCGUCAAAUGAGGAUGAAGGCGCGGAAAGCGAGCUUGAGCAUCUCGUAGCUGUUUCUGAAGCUGCAAAGGAAGACUGGCGACAACCCAUCAUUGACUACUUAAGUUAUGAGAUGCUGCCAGAAGACUCAAGAAGAAGAACUGAGAUUCGUCGUCGUGCACCUCGAUUCCUUUACUACAAGGAUACCUUAUAUAGAAGAUCAUUUGAGGGGAUACUCUUGCGAUGUUUGGGGGAGGAUGAAGCAGUCCAAGCUUUGCAAGAAGCACAUUCAGGAAUGCAAGGCUUGUCGGAUGCGAAUUUUAUACAUCAGCCGCCCGAAGCAUUACACCCGACCGUCGCAUCUUGGCCAUUUGACGCUUGGGGGUUGGAUGUCGUUGGUCCGUUGCCGAAGUCUUCUGGUGGACACUUGUACAUCCUAGCUGCAACGGAUUACUUCUCAAAAUGGGCCGAAGCUGUCGCUCUUAAAGAAGUGAAGAAGGAGAAUGUUGCGAACUUUAUCCGAGUAAAUAUCAUCUACCGCUUCGUCAUUCCUCGUUACAUAAUAACGGACAAUGGCAAGCCAUUUGAUAACAAAUUGAUGAACAAGAUUUGUGAUCUCUUCGGCUUCAAGCAACGUAAAUCUUCUAUGUAUCAUGCUGCCGCCAACGGUCUAGCUGAAGCGUUCAAUAAAACUUUGUGUAACUUGUUGAAGAAGAUUGUCUCCAAGUCCAAACGAGAUUGGCAUGAACGAAUGGAAGAAGCUUUGUGGGCAUAUAGGACGACUUACCGCACACCAACGCAAGCAACCCCAUAUUCGCUUGCUUAUGGAGUUGAAGCAGUCCUACCACUUGAGCGCCAAAUACCUUCUUUACGACUUGCUAUUUAA